AUGGUUAAUUGUCAAUACUAUGGCCACCAACGAACCCGCAAAGUCGCCCUUUUCGUGACAGCCGCCGUCGUCCUCCUGAGCGCCAUCCUUGAACUGGCCCUCGUCCUCGCAGUUCGCCCUAUCAAAAACGACCACACCAAAGACAUGAUCCUCCAGUUCUGCGGGAUCUUCGCCUCCAUCCUCAUCGCCGUCGCUCUGUUUCCUCAAUAUUGGGAGAUUUACAAGUUAAAAGCAGUCAUUGGGAUCUCUCUGGUCUUUAUUAGCAUCGAUAUACUGGGAGGGGUGUUCAACGAUUUGUCGUUGGUGUUUAAGGAGGAGUUUGAUGUCAUCGCUGCGUGCCAGUAUACUGUGGUAGUUGUUCUCGAUAGCGUUAUAAUCCUUGCAGCUGGAUUCUUCAAAGUGAAGGACUGGAGGAACCGGGGGUCAAUCUCUGCGAGGGAUGAUAAAACACAGCAACAGACAUGUCGCGUGGAAGAUCUGCAUUCCAGGACCCUGUCCACUGCUGAUACUACGCUUUCCGUGUCUCGGCUCCCAUCGUUCCACCAAGCAGAAGUCCAAGUAGGGGACCCAGCACUUUCCGAAGCAGGUGGAAAGGCGGAGGCGCGUCGGGACUCGGAAGGCGACCGGAAGGAAGGCGCGUCCAAUGGGCCGGUCACCGGCAAUUCGCGCGAAAAAACGCGUCGCGUUGAACGCGCCAAGGACCUUGUGUUGGCUGCCCAUGGACCAACAGCGAUCCUGGAGCUCGAGACUCGCAAUGACUACGGAAAGAACGACAACGAAAGGUCUUCCGGGAAUCCAGAACAAGUGACCUCUCCGCCGCCAACGUCGACAGGCACGGUCAAUGCGAAUCGCAAGGUACGGGGACGGGGAUGCGAUGCUAGCAUGGGCCCUGAAGGCCUGAAGGCUCGGAAUAUGUCCCUAUGA